UCGAGGGAUCCAUGGAUGAUUGAUUUGCUUCCAGGUCCAAUUCAAAGCGGGAUCAUCACCUUUCAAGCUUGACGUGGCUCAUCUCUCAGAUAACUCCGGGACCGUCUUUCCCAUCAAGAUCUGGCCUGCCCUAUGAAUUCCUGAGGGUCCCCACCCUAUGUGAAGUGAAGGGAAUGGGGACCCAGCAGCAUGCUUUUUCUAUAGGCACAUUACUGCCCCCACCCAAUGGAGACCCCCAACGUACAAACUGCCCUGAAUCUGAUCUUUCAAACAUUGUUUAUGACUUGGAGCGUUCAGGACCUAACAAUAUGUGACCUGCCUAUUAGUUAGAAUAUGGUUAUUAUCUGUUCCUAUUUUAUUAUUUAUUGUUUAUGUUCUGUUUUGAAAACUGCCUUAAUAAAUGGUAUAUAAAAAUGUAUAAAAUGAAGUCACCAGGACCCCAGCUCUACUUGAGAGAUUUACUACCGAAGAAAUUCAAGGUGGUAAAUAUGGAGUCAUACCUCAAAUCAAGUCAAAUAUUUAAUACUUACCUGGCAAGGGAGAUACCUUGAACAUGGAGUCAUACCUCAUUUUGAGCCACCACCCACUUUUUAAUCUGUUCUCUGAUCACAGCAUUAGCAUACAAAGGAUGGUUAUGAUAUAGGAUGUUGAAUAAUUUACUUCAAAGUGGGAUUAGAUUUCUUGAGAAUGUGGUAAUGGAAGCAGACAAGUUUUUUCUCUUUAAUCAUGAUCUGAUUUUUUUUUAAACUAUGCAUAGGUCAGUCUGUGUACAUGUAUCUGUUUUUGGACUUGGAUCUACCACUUUAGAAAGUUUAAAGCUUUUACACUUUAAAACUGGAUUAUUUCAGUCAAAGUGCUAACUUUCCUCCUUUACUUGCAAAAAUGUCCCUAUAAAAGGUUAUAUUCUCUGGUUGUAAAGAGUGGAAAAUUUGUAUAACUGCUGAACAAGUAGUCUUGACAUUCAGGCUAUGUUUUUUUUUCCUUCCUAACAUUUUUCCUGCAGGUGUCGGGUCCGCUGUUUUGCAAAGACAAAAUCAACCCUCUUUUCGGUUGUUUUUGGCUAACAGAAAUUCCACAUUUUGUUGAUUUGAUUGAAAAAGGACUAGUGAGAGCCUGUUCAUAGUGUCUUCAUCUUAUUGAGAGCUCAGCUAGCCAUGAUGCUAAAUGCUCUACCACAUCAUUUUCUAAAAUAUCGAUUUUUUUUUUUUUUUGGCGGUUUCCUGGCACUUUCAGGCAGUUCAGUUGGUUUUCUGACUCUUUUCCUUCACUUGCAGAUGCCUCGUUCCAGAAGGUUUCAGUCUUCGGAACGCAGCAGCCGGGGCAGCUACCGUGAAUGUUACAGAAGCCGGAAGCACAGACGGAGACAGAGUCGUUCCCGGUCGAGUAGCAGCGAGCGACGGCGUCACCGGGAGGACAGCUAUCAUGUCCGAUCCCGGAGUUACGACGAUCACUCGUCUGACCAGCGUGCCUACGACCGGCGAUAUUUGGACGAUUACCGGCGAGAUGGCUACAGCGAGCGGGGCGAUGCUUACUACGAACCUGAAUACCACCAUUCUUAUGAGUACCAGCGUUCCCAGGACGGCAGUUACCGGAACUGCAAGAGCAACCGGCGGAAACGGCGGCGGAGACGACGCCGUAGCCGCUCCUUCAGCCGUUCUUCCUCGCAGAGUCGUCCCGGCAGCAGGAGAGCCAAGAACGUGGAAGACGACGUGGAAGGCCAUCUCAUCUAUGCCAUCGGCGACUGUCUCCAAGAAAGAUAUGAGAUCAUUAGCACGCUUGGGGAAGGCACUUUUGGUCGCGUGGUGCAGUGCGUUGAUCACCGCAGAGGCAGCACACGCGUGGCUCUCAAAAUCAUCAAGAACGUAGAAAAAUAUAAAGAAGCCGCUCGCUUGGAGAUCAACGUGCUGGAGAAAAUUAACGAGAAAGAUCCGGACAACAAAAACCUCUGCGUCCAGAUGUACGACUGGUUUGACUACCACGGCCACAUGUGCAUUUCUUUCGAGCUGCUGGGCCUCAGCACAUUUGAUUUCCUGAAGGAUAACAACUAUUUGCCGUACCCGCUCCACCAGAUAAGGCACAUGGGCUACCAAGUGUGCCAGGCUGUCAGAUUUCUGCACGAGAACAAGCUCACCCAUACAGACCUCAAGCCAGAGAAUAUCCUCUUUGUCAAUUCGGACUACGAGAUGACCUACAACCUGGAAAAGAAACGAGACGAGCGAAGCGUCAAGAACACAGCCAUUCGAGUGGUGGAUUUUGGCAGUGCCACCUUUGACCACGAGCAUCACAGCACCAUUGUCUCCACGCGGCACUAUCGGGCACCCGAGGUCAUUCUAGAACUUGGCUGGACUCAACCGUGCGAUGUCUGGAGUAUUGGCUGUAUCAUCUUUGAGUACUAUAUGGGCUUCACAUUGUUCCAGACCCAUGAUAAUCGCGAACAUCUGGCCAUGAUGGAGCGCAUCUUAGGCCCCAUCCCAUCACGGAUGAUCCGAAAAACAAGGAAGCAGAAAUAUUUCUACCACGGCCGUUUGGACUGGGAUGAAAACACCUCUGCGGGGCGCUACGUGCGGGAGAACUGCAAGCCGCUGCGGAGAUACCUGGCGUCGGAAGCUGAAGAGCACCACCAGCUGUUCGACCUCCUCGAGGGCAUGCUCGAGUACGAGCCAGCCAAACGUCUCACCCUGUCAGAGGCCCUGAAGCACCCCUUCUUCGACAUCCUCCACCUGCAGCCCGGCCCCAAACCUUGGGAUUCGAGCCGGGAUAUCAGCCGGUGACCCAUUGAGGCUCUUGGCGUCUUUUCCUGAAUCCCCCCCUCCCC